GCAAGUAAUGACCAUUUAUGAGUUUCUGCUAUUUUACCGGGACCAAUUAAUAUAAUUAUUUUGACUUUUUUUUUAAUCUUCUAGCGGUGAAAGUGCUAUGUUGUUUGUGGAAGUUAUUCCUUAUUAAUGUUUUUGUUAGUUUCCAGAAGUUAUAGCUGGAAACCAGUUAAUUUUUUGUUGCAGUAUGGCUGGCCUCUUUGUGUUACCGAUGUAGUUAAGCGUUAGUUUCCAGCGAAAUGAUUGAAAGUCGAAAAUGGAAGUGUCUGUCAUAUUUCAGCAGCUAGAAUCUAACCAACCAGACGCUGUUGAAGAAGCAAAAAAAUUAUUUCAUGAAGCUCUGAAUUCAACUAAAGAGUCAUGGCUAGUGAACAGUUUCUUGGAUUAUUUUAUUAACACCAAUUCUCCACGAUGUGUGGAAAUUCUGGUUGGUGUAAGAGAACCACAUGACAAGCAUUUAUUUGAUAGGCUUUUAGAGAUGUUAAAAGGUUCAUCAAAACUUCAAGCUCUGACCUUUCUAGGUCAAAUUGUUCAUGGACAACCCCCAUGGUUAUACAGAAUAACCCAGCAUCCACUUUUUAAAGAACUCGUGAAACUUCUGAGGACUGAAAUGGAUAUACUCUCAUUAAUGAGUGCUCUUCUAGUCAUAAUUGUCUUACUGCCUAUGUUUCCAGCUCUUGUGGGUGCACAUCUUCAAGAAUUGUUUGAAAUAUUUAGUCGCUUGGCUGCAUGGAAUACAAAUAAUCCUAACAAGUUGCCUGAAGAACAUCUGUUACAUUUACAAGUUAGUUUGUAUUCAUUAUUUUUGCGUUUGUAUGCAAUGUAUCCAUGUAACUUUUUGUCCUACUUACGCCGUGAGUAUGGACAGCCAGAAUGCCUGGGAAUAUUUAGUCACACGAUAAAGCCAAUUCUAGAUACGGUUAGAGUUCAUCCUAUGUUGGUCACAGCAACUAAAGAUGCAGAGACAACAGCAGCUCGCUGGAAGAGCAUGGAACAUCAUGAUGUAAUGGUAGAAUGUGCCAAAUUGGCUAUAGAUACUGUGGAGACAGUUCAGAGUAAUCAGAUUGAGCAGUCUAAAAUUGUUCACUGUGCUUUGAAACAUUCUAGCCAUGACUUACUAAUGCAUCAUCAACUUGAAUUUACAAAAAUAGUUGAAUUGUUUAGUCCAAGCAGAUAUUGUGGCUUACAGAAAACACCUCCACUUCCGGAAACAUUGCCUUCAUCUAUUCCUCAACCUUCUAGCUCUCAGAUUCAUGCAGUUCUACCAUCUCAAGAAGGCACUUCUCCACCAGAAGCAGCUAUAGAAGCUACUCCCGAAACUACACCUGUGAAAGACCCCAGGAGACCUCCAUCGUCCAAGACUGUCAGAGCUCUGAACUCAUUUAGUGAGACUACACCAACACAUUCUCAACCAUCUUCACCACUAAAAAAAGAACAGUCCCCUUUUCACUUUUUGGGGGAGCGACCAUUGCGACGUGACUCGUUGAUGUCGCGAAGAAUACAGCUUGUGCAACAAGAAAAAGCAAUUGCUACAGAACAGCCACCGAGUCCCAUCAUGCCGGAAUUAGCACCAGAAGAUCAGGAAGUUGUGGAGAUAGUUGAACAGGGACAGCAACUGAAAUCCCUGCAGCAACGAACAUGUGACAGUGUGUUGCAGGAAUUCCAUCCCCAUGUAGAUGAGUACGAAGAAUGCACUCGUGACAGUAGCUCGCCUUGCUGCAAGGGAGGGUUACAUCUACCGACCAGCAAUUCUAUGCUUAGUUUAGCAGAAAGAGUUCAGCGCUUCUAUGGCCCACAAUCAGAUGUUCAUUGUGAAAUGGAAAGUUUCUCGCCUGCGCAGUUUACGGAAAAGAUGUCUAUCGGUACUCAAACGGUAUCCUCUGCUCCAUAUGAGCACCUUUUUCUCGGAAUUGUUCCAGUUGUUUCCUCAAAGAUUCUGUACUCUCCUGAAAACCUUUUAGAUAAAUACAUAGAAUAUGUCGUGCAUACAAAUGAUUCGGAAUGUGAAGUAUGGCGUCUUAAGGACCAACUCGUACUGUUUAACUUACAGCUUCAGUUUGAGAGACAGCGUCGUGAAGUUCAUGCGGAAAGAAACAGACGACUACUUGGUAAAUCUAGAUCCAAUAGGGCUUUGGAAGAGCACAAUUCAGCACUGUGUGAUCAGUUGUCAUUGCUUCAAAGGGACAAGGAGUCACUCCACGUUCAGCUAGAAAGAAUGAGAGAGGAUAACUAUUUACAAGAAGAACGGUUACAGGAGACUAUUAGUUACUGGCAGAAACAGUUUUCUGCAGAGCAGAGGAAAUCCAGAGACUUGGCAAUGCAGGUGAACAUCCAGGAGCAAGAGCUUGCAAAAGCAAAGGAGACGACUGCUGCUCUCAACCAGGAAUUCUCCAAAGUAGAAUCUGUGCUAUUUGCAGCAACUAAAGAUCAUCCUCAGUCUGCAGUUAUUGAACAGCUUCGGACUAGUUUGGAACAGGCCCACAAAGAAAUAAUUUUGAUGGGGGAAUUGCAACAAAAGUACAGAGAGAGAUUUUCUCAAUUGACAGUGUUACAGAACUUUGAGGAAGAAAAGGUGCAGUUACUAGAGUCGUACAGACAAGAGGUGCAGACGUGCCACGAGUUGUUGGAGGUGCGAACCUCAGAGCGGGAUGCUUCGAAUGCACGAGUAUUGGAACUGGAAAAGGCCCUCCUAGGAAAAGACAACGUGAUUGCGGAACAGAAACGCUUGCUGAAGAACGAGAAAGAGCAGUACUGCGGUCAGUUAGAGGCGGUGGAGAGCAAGUAUAAUGCUCAAAGAGCGCUCAACCAGAAGCUGGAAGAGUUUGUAAUGGAACUGAACCAGAGGGGCACCAGAGGUAACAAGUCCCCCGACGACACUGCAAGCGUGAGCUCUGGGGAAAAACAGUUGGGGCCCAACUCACCGUUGUCGCAGUCCCUCUGUUCGGCGGAGGGCGUCUGCUUGUCGACCAUCCUGGGGGGGCAGGGCAUGGAGAUGAAGGACUUGCAGCAGAUCGUGGACAAGCCUUCUGUUAGUAGUUCUGCGAACGUCAGCUCCGAUGAUCUCGCGACUCCUUCCACGUCAGGUUUCACAACCGACGAACAUUUGUUACUUUGAAAAGUACCCUAUGUGUGUGCUGUUUGAAAAGAACUCCCCGUAUUUUAUAUUUCGAUCUCACGAUCUAGGCUACUAUUGUGUUACUUUUGCAUGUGAAACACUUUGACGUGUUGCUAUAGAGUACCUAUCUUUGUUAGUGUUAUUUUCGUGUUGGCUUGUCAAUCCACUGUUUCAAGUUGUGGAUAAUGGGCUAGUUUUGCUUAAGUAAUACACCAAUAGUUAAAUUUUCUUCCUCUUUCUCUCUCUCUUUGCUGUGAAAUAAUAAUUAAAUAAUACCUUGUUGAA